AUGGCGUCUUUUUCAUGGACGGAGGAGGAUGUGCUACGGUGCUGCGGCAGCAAGCGUUUCGCCAAGGAGCUCGCCUUCGCCUCGCCGUUUUUCAACCUCCACCACGUAAUCCAGUGGUCCAAGGAAGAACAAUCUGCUACAAUGGCUAUUGCCAAUGAUACCACGUUGCAGGAGAAGUUUGGGUUUGUGUUCCUCAUCUGCGCCUCUGGAAGGGGCACGCUGGAGAUCCUUGUUGAAUUGAAGGAUUCGCCAGCCUCUCCCUCGGUCGCCGUGGCUCUAGCCGGGACCAUGGAUGGGCCUGCCAAUGACGAAGGGAAUCUCUCUGAUGCCAAAGGGCUUGCCAAGGAAGCUGCUUUCUUGUUCCAGAACCGACAGUUCCAGGAGUGCGAUGAAAUAUUGAGCCAGAUUUUUGAUAAAAAGAGAGACGAUGUGAAAGUUCUUCAUAACAUUGCAGUUGCAAAAUACUUUUGA